GGAAGUGCUGGGUCGAGGGCGGGACGAGAGCCCGAAGGGGCUCCGGAUUGCGGAAGUUUUGUGGGGAGGGUCUGGCGGCUCUUGGAGCUCCGUGUGGCUUUGGAAUACGUUCCGGAAGGGAGGCCGCUGCUAGAGGUCCGAGAGCCGCCAGCGUGCGCACGUUUGGGACUCGACGUCGCCGCUGUUGGUCCUGUGCCCUCGCUCUUCCGCGGGGAACCGCCUCGGGGCUCCACCAUGGCAUCCACCUCGUCCAACCUCCAGAAAGCAAUAGAUCUUGCUAGCAAAGCAGCCCAGGAAGACAAAGCUGGGAACUAUGAGGAAGCCCUGCAACUCUACCAACAUGCUGUGCAGUAUUUUCUUCAUGUAGUUAAAUAUGAAGCGCAGGGUGAGAAAGCCAAGCAAAGUAUCAGGGCAAAGUGUACAGAAUAUCUUGAUAGAGCAGAAAAACUAAAGGAUUACCUGAAAAAUAAAGAGAAAAAACCACAGAAGCCAGUGAAAGAGGGACAACCGACUCCAGCCGAUGACAAGGGGAAUGACAGUGAUGGGGAAGGAGAAUCUGAUGAUCCUGAAACAAAGAAACUACAGAAUCAACUUCAAGGUGCCAUUAUUAUGGAGAGACCUAACGUGAAAUGGAGCGAUGUCGCUGGUCUUGAAGGAGCCAAAGAAGCACUUAAAGAGGCUGUGAUAUUGCCUAUUAAAUUUCCUCAUCUUUUCACGGGCAAGAGAACACCUUGGAGGGGAAUCCUCUUGUUUGGGCCACCUGGAACAGGAAAAUCAUAUUUAGCCAAAGCUGUAGCCACAGAAGCAAACAACUCAACAUUCUUUUCCAUUCAUUCCUCCCACCUUGUUUCUAAGUGGCUAGGUGAAAGUGAAAAGCUAGUGAAGAACUUAUUCCAGCUUGCCAGAGAGAAUAAACCUUCCAUUAUCUUCAUUGAUGAAAUUGACUCUCUGUGUGGCUCGAGAAGUGAAAAUGAAAGUGAGGCCGCGCGCAGGAUUAAGACGGAGUUCCUAGUUCAGAUGCAAGGGGUUGGUGUGGACAAUGACGGAAUUUUGGUUCUGGGAGCUACAAAUAUACCCUGGGUUCUGGAUUCUGCCAUCAGGCGAAGAUUUGAGAAACGAAUUUAUAUUCCUCUGCCAGAGGGCCAUGCCCGAGCCGCAAUGUUUAAAUUGCACUUGGGAACCACUCAGAACAGCCUGACAGAUACAGACUUCCGGGAGCUUGGGAAGAAAACCGAGGGCUACUCAGGGGCAGACAUCAGCGUCAUUGUGCGUGACGCGCUCAUGCAGCCUGUUAGGAAGGUGCAAUCCGCCACUCAUUUUAAAAAGGUUCGAGGGCCUUCACGAGCCGACCCUGACACCAUAGUAGACGAUCUGCUGACACCUUGUUCUCCCGGUGACCCUGGUGCCAUUGAAAUGACGUGGGUGGACGUCCCUGGGGAUAAACUCUUGGAGCCAAUUGUUUCCAUGCCGGAUAUGCUACGGUCACUGUCCAGCACAAAACCCACAGUCAAUGAACACGACUUGUUGAAAUUAAAGAAGUUUUCAGAAGAUUUUGGCCAAGAAGGCUAAACCAAAGACAACGAGGAAGACGUUUACUGUGUGUGUUCUUUCUUUCGUAGGUGUUUUUGCCCCUCUUGGAUGGCAUUCAGAUUAUUUCAGUAGAACACUUUACCACAAGGAAAUGUAGCUCUCACUUCUGUGUUCCUCUAACUUUUAUGUGUAUUUUUGCUGUAUUAUCCAUUAAAUGCUCUUUUUUAACAAAAAUUGUGAAGUAAUAAACUCUGAGGAAAAAAUGAGUGAUACAUGAAUGGCAGAAAUAGAAAUUACCCAGUAAAAAGAGGAUUCAAAUUGAUUGAGACACAAAUAGUUAACAUUGUUAUGAAUAGUGGUCUUUGUAAAGAACAUUUUUUUUUUUUACUAAAAUGAAAUAGGGCUUGUUUCAUAUUUUUAAAAAAUUCUUAAGCAUCAUUUUCAUCAAUGUAAAUUUAUUUUUAAUUAAAAGUUAAAAAUUAUGACAUGUUUACUCUCAGGGAUGGGGUAGUAAAACAGCAAAGAGCACUGUGGGCAUGAAAGACUUUGAGUUACGUUCUAGCUGAGGCUCUUGUUGCUUUUUUCGGUAGGUUGUAGAUUUAAAUAAAUUCCUUAAAAGCUGCAAGCUUUUAUAUUUAACUAAAUAAUACCUUUCACUGUGCAAUCUCAAGGGAAAGCCUUUCUAAAUUAAGCGUUGUCUUUAUCUUGAAGGAAAAAAAAUGUCUGUUUCAAAUGUGUCCUUUUGUAGCAAGAUCAGCCUAACCCAGUAGUAAAUAAUUACGUCCUUUUAAAAUAACCCUACCAUAAGAUACUGUAAUAGGAACCUUUCCUAAAAGGAAUGGCCUUCCUUUGUAUUAUGGGAAGUGUCUUGUGUGUGAUGUGGGUGUACAUACAUACAUAUAUAUAUGUGUGUAUAUAUAUAUGUAUGUAUGUAUGUAUAAUUUUUUUAAAAUAGGGUAGCAAAGCUCUUUUUACCUUUUAAGUUCAGGGAACCAUGUGUCCUGGCCACACAUAUAUGUGAUCAGUGUGAUGCUUCGUGAAGCUUUAGAAAUGAGCUGAUGUCUCAGUGAUAAAAUAAAAAUAUGACACUAUGUUAUUUUAAUGUUUUCAAAUAAGAAUUCCGAGGGUAUGUUACCCACUUCAGCACCAACACUAAGUUGUGCCUUGUAUAUUUGAGUUGGCUAUACAUGCAAAGGAAUAUGAAGUUAGCUAGAAUGAGGUAGAUCUCUACCUUGAAAAUACUAUGGAUUGACUUGUGUUUUAAAAUACAUUUGCACAUUCUAUGUGGUUGCCUUAGGGUCUUCUGUACAGAUUGUUUUUUGUUAUUAAAUGAAAUCAUAGGUCUAAAACAUGUUGUUCUUAGUGAAGUAAAUUACUAUUACUAGUAUUACCUAUGUUCUGUGUAUGCUUCUUUAUUUUGGGUCUUCUGUAUGGAAGAAAAUGUCCACAAUGAUUAGGCACAAAAAAUACUUUUAAAUUAUUAAGAAUGUAUGUAUGAAAAUCCUAUUUUCAACAACUUUUAUGUGAGGGUUGGGAAUUAACUUGGCAGACCAAUGCAGAAUUCUGUAUAGAUGUCUUAGAUAAUAUAUAUACUUUAUUAGGCUCAGAAUUAUGUAAUAUUGCUAUUGUAUCAUUAAGAGAUUUAGCAUAAUUAUAUUACUCAAAUAAUAUAAUAGUUGAAGCCCAGAGGUUUUUGUGAAUCCAGAAUUUGUUUUGAGGAAGUAUUUUACUUAAAUUGAUCAAAUACAUGAGCAAAUAGUAUAUAAGUAUAGUGUUAAUGCUAAGUGGAUAAUUUAUCACACCUAAUUCUUACAUGUGAACUUUGAAAACUAUGUCUCAGUAUUCAUAUCACUUCUAGGCAUAUCUCUGUUUUCUACAUUUCUAGUUCUAAAACUGUUUCUGGAAUCUAAUAAUUUUAGACUUAUUCUAGAAUGGUAGAACAUAAGGCAUUUCUGUGUGUUCUUUUUGGACAGAUAAGCACAGGAAACUGAAUGUUGCAGGCUCUGAUUGUCUUGACCUUGACCAUUAUGAGAUUUUGGAUAGUUGUUUUCUGAGCCAACAAAUAUAUCCUACUUGAGGAGCGUCUUUAUGAGCUGUACCCUGGAUGGUGAAGAACAUUUUUUGUCUCAGCCUAAAAACUCUAUAGCGACCUUAAUUAAUGAAAUAUUUCAAUAGAAAAUAGACAUUUGAGUUCAUUGUCCCCUACAUGCAGAGAAAGAGAAUGAGUAUAUUUGAUAUAUUAAAAUAUUAUUAACAUGAAGUACUGUUUUUCCCCCUCAUCUGAGCUCUCACUGAUUUUAGAUAGACAGGAAGUGGGGGAGAGAGACAGACAUUCAUGAGUCACUCUCAGAUGGGCCCUAAAUGGGAUAUGUGUUGGGUGAUACGUAGUGUUACAAGUUAGGUUCUCCAGGAGCUAACAAGAGGCAGAAUUUGGCAGCCAAGAUGUUUAUUACAUACCAACACCUGUGAGGAGAAGGGGGCAGAAGCAGAACUGAGCAGAAGAGGAAGUUAAAAUUAAUGUAGAGAGUUCGUAUGUAAUCUUCAGAAGCUUCCCCUAAGGUUAACAUCUCAUAUAACCGUGGUACAGUCAAAGCAAGAAAUUAAUGUUGCCAUAAUACCAUUAACCAAAUGACAACAUGAUGUUGAUUUCAUCAGUUUUUCCACUAACAUCCUUUUUCUGUUCCAGGAUCCACUCCAGGACUGCAUUUAUUGUCAUCUCCUAGUCUCCUUUAGUCAGUGAUGUUCUGUCAGCCUUCCCUUGUUUUUUCAUGAAUUUGAGACACUUUUGAAUAGUUUUGGCCAGGUGUUGUGAAGACUGUCCCUGAAUUUAUGUUAAUCUGAUGUCCUCUCUUAAUUAGACUAAGGUUAAAGAUUUGGGGGAAGAAUACCACAUAAAUGGUCAUUUUCAUUUCUUGUCAUUAUGAUCUACUUCACUCUUUGACCUUCCCUGUCAUGACUGAAGGUUAGUGUUUGCUGAUACUUCACAUUAUAAACCCUAGCUUAUUUUCAAACAGCAUAUCCUAUUCCUGAUCCAGUACGUUUCUCUUGUAAAAAGUGUAUGUUCAUUAGAAAUUAGAAAUGAAUAGAUUGUUUUAAAGUAAUGGCAUUAUAAGUGAUUUUAAAAUUGUUUUCAUAUAAUGUUGUGUGGUAUAUUUCUAUGUAAUGCAUUCUUAAAAUUUAUUUUUCUAAUAUAAAAAAA